GGAAGGAGGCGCUGGCGAAUUCGGGGUUCCGCUGGAAGAGAGCGCUUCGCCGGGGCCAUGGAUUCUGGACCCCUGCUGCUGAGCAUUUUCACUUUGCUCUUCUCCGGCUUGUGGCGUCCGGGAUUAACAGCGACAAAUUACAACUGUGAUGACCCGCUAGCGUCCCUGCUGUCUCCAAUGGCCUUUUCCAGUUCCUCAGACCUCACUGGGACUCACAGCCCGGCUCAGCUCAACCGAAGAGUUGGAGCUGGCGGGUGGUCCCCGGAAGAUUCCAACGCUCAGCAGUGGCUCCAGAUGGACCUGGGGGGCAGAGUGGAGGUCACUGCAGUGGCCACGCAGGGGAGAUACGGGAGCUCUGACUGGGUGACGAGCUACAGCCUCCUGUUCAGUGACACGGGACACAACUGGAAACAGUACCAGCAAGAAGACAGCAUCUGGACCUUUGCCGGGAACACGAAUGCAGACGGCGUGAUGCACCACAGGCUGCUGCACCCCGUGAGAGCCCGGUUCGUGCGCUUUGUGCCCCUGGAGUGGAACCCGAGUGGGAAGAUUGGCAUGCGGGUUGAGGUGUACGGAUGCUCCUACAAAUCCGAUGUUGCUGACUUUGAUGGCAGGAGCUCCCUGCUGUACAGGUUCAAUCAGAAGCUGCUGAGCACCCUCAAAGACGUGAUCUCUCUGAAGUUCAAGAGCAUCCAAGGGGAUGGGGUCCUGUUCCAUGGAGAAGGUCAGCGUGGAGACUAUAUCACACUGGAGCUCCAGAAAGGGAGGCUCGCCCUGCACCUCAACUUGGAUGACAGCAAAACCAGGUUCAGCAGCAGCCAGCCAUCAGCCACCCUGGGCAGCCUCCUGGAUGACCAGCACUGGCACUCGGUCCUCAUUGAGCGGGUGGGCAAGCACGUGAACUUCACCGUGGACAAGUACACGCAGCAUUUCCGGACCAAGGGAGAGGCCGAUGCCUUAGACAUCGACUAUGAGCUUAGUUUUGGAGGAAUUCCAGUACCAGGCAAACCUGGGACCUUUUUAAAGAAAAACUUCCAGGGAUGCAUGGAAAAUCUCUAUUACAAUGGAAUCAACAUAAUUGACCUGGCUAAAAGGCGGAAGCAUCAGAUUUACACCGUGGGCAAUGUCACUUUUUCCUGCUCCGAACCACAAAUUGUUCCCAUCACAUUUGUCAACUCCAGCAGCAGUUACCUGCUGCUGCCUGGCACCCCCAACAUCGACGGGCUCUCAGUGGGUUUCCAGUUUCGAACGUGGAACAAGGAUGGGCUGCUUCUGUCCACAGAGCUGUCUGAGGGCUCGGGGGCCCUGCUGCUGAGCCUGGAGGCCGGGACCCUGAGACUCCUGAUUCAGAAAACGACAAGACGGGCAGCGGAAAUCCUCACAGGCAGCAACUUGAAUGAUGGCUUGUGGCAUUCAGUCAGCAUCAACGCCAGGCGGAACCGCAUCACUCUCACCCUGGAUAACGAUGCAGCGUCCCCUGCUCAGGACACCAGCCAGAUACAGAUUUAUUCUGGAAAUAGCUAUUACUUUGGAGGCUGCCCUGACAAUCUCACCGCUCCCCAAUGCUUAAAUCCUAUCGAGGCUUUCCAAGGCUGCAUGAGGCUCAUCUUUAUUGAUAACCAGCCCAAGGACCUCAUUUCAGUUCAGCAAGGCUCCCUGGGGAAUUUUAGUGAUUUACACAUUGAUCUGUGUAGCAUCAAAGACAGGUGUUUGCCAAACUACUGUGAACAUGGAGGAAGCUGUUCCCAGUCCUGGACCACCUUCUAUUGUAACUGCAGUGACACGGGCUACAUUGGCCCCACCUGCCAUCACCCCCUCUACGAGCGAUCCUGCGAGGUGUACAGGCACCAAGGGAACACGGCUGGCUUCUUCCACAUUGACCCGGAUGGCAGCGGGCCGCUGGGAGCUCUCCAAGUGUACUGCAAUGUCACAGAGGACAAGAUCUGGACGUCGGUGCAGCACAACAACACAGAGCUGACCCGUGUGCAGGGCGCCAGCCCCGAGAAGCCCUACUCCAUGGCCUUGGACUACGGGGGCAGCCUGGGGCAGCUGGAGGCCGUGAUCGACAGCUCGGAGCACUGUGAGCAGGAGGUGGCCUACUACUGCAGGAGGUCCCGCCUGCUCAACACACCAGAUGGAGUUCCCUUUACCUGGUGGAUGGGCCGAUCAAAGGAAAGGCACCCUUACUGGGGAGGCGCUCCUCCCGGGGUUCAGCAAUGUGAAUGUGGCCUGGAUGAGAUUUGCCUGGACAUUCGGUACUUUUGCAACUGUGAUGCUGACAAGGAUGAAUGGACAAAUGAUACUGGUUUUCUUUCCUUCAAAGACCACUUGCCUGUCACUCAGAUAGUUAUCACUGAUACCAACAGAUCAAACUCAGAAGCUGCUUGGAGAAUUGGUCCCUUGCGUUGCUAUGGCGACCGACACUUCUGGAACGCAGUCUCCUUUAAUACAGAAGCCUCCUACCUCCACUUUCCUACCUUCCAUGCGGAAUUCAGUGCUGACAUUUCCUUCUAUUUUAAAACCACGGCUCUCUCUGGAGUGUUCCUAGAAAACCUUGGCAUUACAGACUUCAUCCGCCUUGAAAUAAGCUCUCCUUCUGAGAUCACUUUUGCAAUUGAUGUUGGGAACGGCCCCGUAGAGCUCGUAGUCCAGUCUCCUUCUCCUCUGAAUGACAACCAAUGGCAUUACGUGCGGGCCGAGAGGAACCUCAAGGUGACCUCGCUGCAGGUGGACGGCCUCCCGAGGAUGAGCAGGGAGACUUCGGAGGAGGGCCACUUCCGGCUGCAGCUGAACAGCCAGCUGUUUGUAGGAGGAACGUCAUCAAAACAGAAAGGCUUUCUCGGAUGCAUACGCUCCUUACACUUGAAUGGGCAGAAACUGGACCUGGAGGAGCGGGCCAAGGUCACAUCUGGAGUCCGACCAGGAUGCCCAGGCCAUUGCAGUAGUUAUGGCGGCAUCUGCCACAAUGGGGGCAAGUGUGUGGAGAAGCGCAGUGGAUACUUCUGUGAUUGCACCAAUUCACCAUAUGAAGGGCCCUUUUGCAAAAAAGAGGUUUCUGCUGUUUUUGAGGCUGGCACUUCAGUUACUUACUUGUUUCAAGAACCCUACCCAGUGACCAAGAAUCUAAGCCAGUCUUCCUCAGCCAUUUACGCAGAGCCGGCUCCAUCUAAGGAAAACAUCGCACUUAGCUUUGUGACAGCCCAGGCACCCAGCCUCUUGCUUUAUAUCAAUUCUUCCUCUCACGACUUCCUGGCUGUCCUGCUCUGCAAGAAUGGAAGCUUACAAGUUCACUAUCAGCUGAGCAAGGAAGAAACCCAUGUGUUCACCAUUGAGGUAGAGAACUUUGCUAAUAGAAGGAUGCACCACUUGAAGAUUAACCGAGAGGGAAGAGAGCUUACCAUUCAGAUGGAUGAGCAGCUCCGGCUCAACUAUAACUUCUCCCCAGAAGUGGAGUUCAGGGCUGUGAGGUCACUCACCUUGGGCAAAGUCACAGAGAAUGUCGGAUUAGAUUCUGAAGUCGCUAAAGCAAACAGCCUGGGUUUUGUUGGGUGCCUGUCUUCAGUCCAGUACAACCACAUAGCACCACUGAAGGCAGCUCUGCGCCACGCAACCAUCGCACCUGUUAUCAUUCAAGGAGCCCUGAGAGAAGCCAGCUGUGGCUCUGGGACGGAUUCGGAUGUGAAUGCAGUGACUACGGUGCAUUCUUCCUCAGAUCCAUUUGGGAAGAGAGAUGAGCGGGAACCACUCAGCAAUGCAAUUCAAAGUGACUCGGCUGUCAUUGGAGGAGUAAUCGCGGUGGUGAUAUUCAUCAUCUUCUCCAUCGUGGGCAUCAUGGUGCGGUUCCUUUACCGGCAUAAGCAGUCGCAUCGCACGAACCAGAUAAAGGAGAAGGAAUACCCAGCAAACUUGGACAGUUCCUUCAGAAAUGACAUUGACUUGCAAAAUACAGUGAGCGAGUGCAAGCGGGAAUACUUCAUUUGAAAAUCUACAGGGUCAACUAAUGCUCUUUUGUUGUUAAUUUUUUCUCCUCCUCUUUCUCUGUCUCUUAAUUCUGGUCCUUUUCUUUUUCUUAUUUGUUCCCCAUUUAUUUUUGGAUCAUACCUGCAUCAACCAUGGCAUUUACCCCUGACCCAGCCCAGAAGACCAGGCAGCUAUGGCCACUGUCUUCCUCUUUGACAAACCUACUGUGAUGGUAAUGAUCACUCGAGACUGACUUGACUUCUAGACAAGGAAGAGACAUGUGUGCACCUGUACAUAUUCAGUUCUGUAUUCAUUUCUCAGAUGCACCUUCGGUUCGCUGCCAUCCGUCCAGCAGGCUUACUUUGAACCUGAGGUUGACUUAGCUAUUAUCAGCCAUCUUUGACAUCCUCCCUAUCUCAAGUCUGUUCCGACCAGGGAACUGAGGGUAGGAAAGAAGAUGCUAGAGGCCUGGAUUCCUUCAGUGCCAUUUUAAAAGGAACAAGAGAGGAUUGUUUUGUGUUAAUAUCUGCAUCAAAGGAAUCCCACUAACCUAACUCAUAACCUCUUUUAACUCUGACUCUUAUCCCCUGAGUAUUUUUAAACAUAGGGGUCCUGAUUGCAGUGAGCUGUCCUUGUGCUCCUGCCUUACCACUCUCUCCAGGGCCGACACACUGAACAGCAUACUCCAGCCUAACAUUAGAGGAAAAAUAUAUAUAUAUCUGAAAUAUAAAACAUUCAAAUAACAGUUUAAAUUGGUUCCAUGAACGAGCUUAAGCCAUCAUAAUUUAGCUUAAAAAAAAACACAAAAGAAGAAAAAUACCAACCAAACACAAUUCUUCCCCUCCAUCUACUCACUGGACAUCUUGUGAAGAAAGUAGAUGCAGGCUGUAUAUUUCAGAGCAAGUGUGAUGACCCCCCUGUCCAUCGAGCCAGCUCCUAGGAGGUUCAGGAUGCACUGGCCUGAGGCAUGGUUAGCUACAGCCAAUCCUCCCUGCUAACCUUCGGAGGAGCCCCUGGGCUCUGGAGCACAUCACAUUUUCAAAUCUGCACACGUGCACACUCACACACAUACAUGCACGCGUCUUCUUAUAGGCAUAAUGUGCUAGACAAGGUGGUGACAGAUUUCCUAGCCUUUUCCCCUUUGAUAACAAAGCAUCAGAGAAACACAAUCAUUCCUUCAAGAAGGCAUCUGAGCUCACCCACCAGGUGGAGGUAGGAAUGCUGGCCAUUUUGCUGCAGCAAUAUUCCUCACCCUUUGCCUCUGGGCCAACUUGGAGAAAGACAUAAGGGGAAGCAAUAUAAAUGCUCCAGGAUGUGGGCAAGCCCAUAUAAUGAUGCGCAGAAGUGGAGCAUUCUUGCUGCUUCUCUUUACAAGGCAGAUUCGAUAGGGGAAACAAUCACCGCAUCACUGUUCCCGGCCUUGACAGUGGGCUGUCCAUCUUGUCCCCAGGGUUAAGGCAGCCCUACGUGAGGAGGCUCCAGCGAGGCACACACUGGCUUCUGAUUUUCGGACUUUUCAGACUCUGCUCUCAGAGAACGUGGUGUAAGGAUUUCGUUUGUAAUCUAUUUCUCAACUUUAAGAUGUUCUAAUUACAGGCUCUCCUUGAAAUUGUCUCCGAACUGUUACUUAAUCAUUUCAUCACUUCCAUUAUAUCUUUUUGCUAGUAAAUUUGUUUUAAUGUGAUUCUAACAAAGGCACCGUUUUUUUUCUUCUACUUUAAUAAGAUGAAUGAUCUAUUAAUAGGAGAAAAGGUCUUUAAAUACUGUUUUCUCCUGCCCUGUCCUUUCCUAUUUCCACUUUUACUUUUGAGUUUUCUAUUUCUAUAAAAAGUCUGUAUAAAUCAGCCAUUUGCUAAGCUAUUCAGUCCUUUGUCCCGGGAGAUAAAAGUCUCCAUGAAAUGUAGUGGGUUUAGCCUGAAGCCUCUCUGAUAAUGAAAUGGAAGGUGUGAAUAAUAAAGCUGGGGAAAAAAAGGUUGAUAUUUUGCUGAUGCAGUGCUGACGGAAGAAGUGGAGGACUAGUCAGGCCAACGUAGAGUAUUUGCUUUUCUCAUCUACAGAUAUAUGAUCAUAGGCAGUUCUGCAGGUGAAGAAUUAGCAAUGCCCCGUCCUUGCCACUGGGAACCUGCCAGUGUAGCUCCCUGCAUAUGCAGACUCUAUAUGCCACACACUACGUAUCCUAGUCCUGAAGACAAAUGACAUGACAAGACAGCGCACUCUGCAUGCCACUCUUAGAGGAGAGUCUCAGGGCUGCAGUAGAAAUACCUUUACAGGGAGGGAUUAUUUCAUAAACUCGGCAAACUUUCUUUUACUAGAUCAGUGAUGGCGAACCUAUCACACGCUUGUCAGAGGUGACACGCGAACUCAUUUUUUUGGUUGAUUUUUCUUUGUUA